ACGCGAUCACUCUCAUUCUCGAUUUCUCUCACAGCACCCAGCCACCCACCGUUCCAAGCUUAGAACCCUAGAUCCCCAAUUCAUCAUUCAUCAAUUCGUCCUCUUGCUUUGUUGUUCCGAUCGGAUCUGAAGCAAGACUGCUCUGCUCUCUGAUCAGGUUUAGAUUCAGCUGCAGCCCGGGACCUUGCUCUCUUCUUCUGUUGAAGAGUGGGAUCGGAGGCGGGGGCGGCUCGGAUAUGGAGCGGAGGCGGUACUCGAGCAGCGAAGCGAGGUUGGGAUUGCAAGGGAAGAUUAUCUCUCGGACGUUCUGGAUGAGCUGAGGAAUGGAGACGUUGGUGGAGCUGUGGAUGAGGUCUUUUAUGAUGCGAGAGUUCAGUUCAAUUAUGAAGGUCAACAUGUUGCAGAGUUUAGAUUGUGCUCCAAUGAGGAUAUGAACCCAUUAUCGAUAGAGAUUCUUGAGGAAGGUAUGAUUAUGAAGUUCGAAUAUACAGUUGGUAUGAAAUUGUUUAAUUGAGGAAGUUGGAUUCAUACUUACUUGCCCUCAAAUAGUGAGUCUGGUCUGUGAUCAUACUUGGUUGUGGUUAUUGGCAGAACUUGUGAAGUAGGAUGGAGACAAUGGCAUUGGGUCUUCUCUGUUCGAGUAAUAAAGAAGAGUAAUUCAUCGUCUGCAUGCUCAAAUCAGAGAUUGGAUGAUGAUGAUGAUUGACUGUUUUAGGAGACCUUUUUUUCUUUCUUUCUUUCGGGAUGUCCCGGUCCCGUCCCGAUCCCGGCCCGGUCCCGUUCGGGUUCGGGAUGGUCGGGAUCAAUUCUCAAAAAGUGCCAUAACCGUCCCGUCCCGUCCCGAGUUUUAUUUCCGGGUCGGGACCGGGAUCACCAGAAUUUCGUCCCGUCCCGUCCCAUGCCCAGCCCUAAUUAAACCAAACGCACACCAGUGACAUGACCCAUAUACAUACGAAACACAUGAUACUUUCAUGACUCACAAUAACCCAAUUAGUUUUGAGUAUGCUAUUGGACUGAAGGCCCAAAACACAUCAAAUCCAUAACAAACCCAACCCGAAAAUUUGAAAUUAGGGUUUGACUUUAGUGGGCCCCACGACAGCGUACAAAACGCGGAUUUCAAAUGGGAAUAGAGGGGAAGAAGGAGAAGGAGUUCCGUUGAGACAAGAAACAAAAGCCGCUUUUCCACAUUUCAAAAUAUAAAAAAUCGCCGCUUCUUAAAAAAAAGCAUUUCUUUGCUUAUCGCUUUCACGUUUGAACCAAAGCAAAACCCUCAUUUGAAUCAAUCAGAGACGGCAAUAGUAUCAAAAAUAUUAAUUAAUUAAAAUUAAACCCCAAAAAAGAAUAAAUCCAGGAUUUCAAAAUCACAGCUUCCACUAAGCUUAGCUGUUACUACGCGUUCCACACUCUCUCUCUCUCUCUCUUCUCCAUUUCAGACACAUAUAAAUCCCUCUCUCUCUCUCUCUCUCUCUCUCAAUUUCAAAAUUCCAAAACCUCACCAGUCACCAUGGCCUCCACGACCCGGCCCUUCAUCUUCGCCCUCGCUUUCCUCACUAUUUACACCGCCCUGCCACUCUCCCUCUCUCAGACCACCACCGAAGCCCCCGCGCCGGCCGCCGAUUUGUGCAACGGCAUCUUCAUAUCCUACUCCUACACCGACGGCAAGCAGAUCGCCCCCACCAUGCCGGCGCGGCAGCCCUACCGGUUCGAGUCCGUGCUGACUGUGCUCAACAACGGCGAGGAGGACCUCAAGUCGUGGAAGGUGUUCGUAGGGUUUCAGCACGGCGAGUACUUGGUCUCUGCUGCCAAUGCUGUGCUCGCCGACGGGAGUGCGUAUCCCGGAAGUGUGGAGAACGGCACCGUUUUCGCCGGGUUCCCGCAGACCGAUCUGAAGACGGCGAUCAAGACGGCGGGGGACUUGACGCAGAUGCAGGUGCAGGUGAAGUUGAUCGGGACUCAGUUCGGUGUGGCGCCGCCGAAUGUUCCGAUGCCGGUCAAUAUCUCUUUGGCUAAUGAUGGCUUUCGUUGCCUCAAGGCCUCAUUGCAAGGGAAGAGUGAAAUGCAAGUCUGCUGCAUUGUAGACUCUACGGUGAAAACAAACAUCACUGCAGAUGAAGAGUUUCUCCCUCGCCAGAAUGGAGAUCUUUCAAUCAUGUAUGAUGUGACCCGGACGUAUGGAUCAAGUUACUUUGCACAAGUGACAAUCUCCAACCAUAACUCUCUAGGCCGUCUUGAUAGUUGGAAGUUGAGCUGGGACUGGAUGGCACAAGAGUUUAUCAAUACGAUGAGAGGGGCCUAUCCAUCUGUCGUUGAUUCUUCUGAAUGCAUAUUUGGCGAACAAGGUAAAUACUAUGCGGAUCUAGACUUUGCCAAUGUCUUGAGUUGUGAAAAAAGGCCAACCAUUAUUGACCUGCCUCUGGAAAAGACUAAUGACACUAAACUUGGUAUGAUCCCUUAUUGUUGCCGAAAUGGUACUAUCUUGCCAACAACAAUGGAUGCAACCAAGUCAAAAUCUUCAUUCCAGAUGGAAGUCUAUAAAAUGCCUCCAAAUAUCAACCGCUCUGUGAUCAUACCACCACAAAACUGGGCAAUCAAUGGCACUCUCAACCCUGAUUACAAAUGUGGUCCUCCUGUGCGGGUGAGUCCUAGUCAAUUCCCUGAUGCAAGUGGCUUACCGGUGAAUUCAACUGCAGUAGCCAGCUGGCAGGUUGUGUGCAAUAUUACACAGGCCAAGGGAGCAAGCCCUAGAUGCUGUGUUUCAUUUUCUGCUUACUUCAACGAGUCUGUUGUACCAUGCAAAACUUGUGCGUGUGGGUGCCCUAGAAAUACAGCUCAAACUUGUAGCACAACUGCACAGGCUAUGCUUCUUCCACCAGAGUCGCUUCUCGUUCCCUUUGAGAACCGAACUGUCAAGGCAAAAGCUUGGGCUGAGCUUAAACACCUAGCAGAUCCGAACCCAAUGCCCUGUGGUGAUAACUGUGGGGUCAGCAUUAACUGGCACGUACUCUCAGACUACAGUAAAGGAUGGACUGCAAGGGUUACACUCUUCAACUGGGGCGAAACUUCUUUUGCUGAUUGGUUUACUGCAGUACAACUGGAUAAAGCUGUUCCUGGUUUUGAAAAAAUGUACUCUUUCAACGCUACUACUGUGGGAACGGAUGGGCUCAACAAUACGGUGUUUAUGCAGGGUCUUGAAGGAUUGAACUACCUUGUGGCAGAAGUAGAUGGAGCCAACCCAAAGAAGGAUCCUAGGGUGCCUGGGAAGCAGCAAUCAGUGAUCUCAUUUACAAAGAAGCUUACUCCUGGAAUUAAUGUGGCUGGUAGAGAUGGGUUUCCGAAAAAAGUGUUCUUCAAUGGGGAGGAGUGCUCACUUCCUGAUAUAUACCCAAGUAGUGCUUACAGAACAAGCUCAGCCAUGAUGAUGUUUCCUGUCCUCCUAAUGGUUGCAGUGUUCAUGUUGAUGCAGCAAUAGCCAAGUGAUGAGGGCACUUCUAGAUCUCAUAGCUGCUGCUGAUUUUUUUAAUUCUUUCAGUGGUUGGAUUAAUAUAUGCUCAACGAGGAGGAUUCACAUAAUCUCAACUGCCAACCAUAUAUGACUGGUAUUUUUGAGGUUGUUAUGAGAAAACUUGUAUAUGUGGUAGUGCUGCUCAUCUGCAAGUUUUCAAAGGAGGAUUGAUGCCCGCAAGUGACAGCAAUCGUAUCGGUUUCACAUUUUGUAUAAACAACUAUUGAACUAGGUUGCUUGCUCAGAUUUUUCUCUUUACAUAUAUAUACAUUUGUUAGGUGGUGGAACUAUUCUUAAAAUUCAAUAUAAUCUCUUUAUUGAGUGAC